GGGCGGGGGCUUCGAGGAGGGGAGCCUGGGCAGAAGCAGUGACCGCAGCCCCCCACUGCAGGCAGGCGGGAGGAGGCUAAUUUAAAAGGCAGAUGGGCCUCUGGCCGAAGCAUUCAACUCUGCACCGAGCCACUGCCACCCGUGGACUAUAAGAGCACCCAGACUUCCGGACCGGCUUGGGCGGGUGCCAUGUGAGCCCAGCUUGGCUCCCCUCCUGCCUGCCUUCCUUCCUUCUCUCCUCCUGCCUGCCUGUGCCGGCCCAGCCUCUCCAAAGAGGGACGCUUGGCACCAUGUCUCUGCUCAACCCUGUCCUGCUGCCCCCCAAGGUGAAGGCCUAUCUGAGCCAAGGGGAGCGCUUCAUCAAAUGGGACGAUGAAACCACAAUCGCCUCCCCGGUUAUCCUCCGUGUGGAUCCCAAGGGCUAUUACUUAUACUGGACGUAUCAGAGUAAGGAGAUGGAGUUUCUGGAUAUCACCAGCAUCCGGGACACCCGCUUUGGGAAGUUUGCCAAGAUACCCAAGAGCCAGAAGCUCCGGGACGUCUUCAACAUGGACUUUCCUGACAACAACAUCCUGCUGAAGACACUCACCGUGGUGUCUGGCCCCGACAUGGUGGACCUCACCUUCCACAACUUCGUCUCCUACAAAGAGAACGUUGGCAAGGACUGGGCUGAAGAUGUACUGGCUCUGGUCAAGCACCCGCUGACGGCCAAUGCCCCCCGCAGCACCUUCCUGGACAAGAUCCUGGUGAAGCUCAAGAUGCAGCUCAACCUGGAAGGGAAGAUUCCUGUGAAGAAUUUUUUCCAGAUGUUUCCUGCUGACAGAAAGAGGGUGGAAGCUGCCCUCAGCGCCUGCCACCUCCCAAAAGGCAAGAAUGACGCCAUCAAUCCUGAGGACUUCCCAGAAUCCGUCUACAAGAGUUUCCUCAUGAGCCUCUGUCCUCGGCCAGAAAUAGACGAGAUCUUCACAUCCUACCAUGCCAAGGCCAAACCCUACAUGACCAAGGAGCACCUGACCAAAUUCAUCAACAAGAAACAACGAGAUUCCCGCCUCAACUCCUUGCUGUUCCCACCAGCUCGGCCUGACCAGGUGCAGGGCCUCAUCGACAAGUAUGAGCCCAGUGGCAUCAACGUGCAGAGGGGCCAGCUGUCACCUGAGGGCAUGGUGUGGUUUCUCUGCGGGCCAGAGAACAGUGUGCUGGCCCAGGACAAGCUACUGCUCCACCACGACAUGACGCAGCCACUUAAUCAUUACUUCAUCAACUCCUCACACAACACCUACCUGACAGCCGGCCAGUUCUCAGGCCUUUCCUCGGCCGAGAUGUACCGACAGGUGCUGCUGGCUGGCUGCCGCUGCGUGGAACUGGACUGCUGGAAGGGGAAGCCCCCCGAUGAGGAGCCCAUCAUCACCCAUGGCUUCACCAUGACCACAGACAUCUAUUUCAAGGAAGCAAUUGAAGCUAUUGCAGAAAGUGCCUUUAAGACUUCCCCCUACCCUGUCAUCCUGUCAUUUGAAAACCACGUGGACUCACCCCGCCAACAGGCCAAGAUGGCCGAGUACUGCCGGACGAUGUUUGGGGACAUGCUGCUCACAGAGCCCCUGGAAAAGUUCCCACUGAAACCAGGCAUCCCCCUGCCCAGCCCUGAGGAUCUUCGUGGCAAGAUCCUCAUCAAGAACAAGAAGAACCAGUUUUCUGGCCCACCAGCCCCCAGCAAGGAGCCGGAUGGGGAGGCUGAGGGUAGCAGUCCCCCCAGCGCCCCUGUGGGUGGGGACACAGUGUGGGCUGGUGAGGAAGAGGCUGAGCUGGAGGAGGAGGAGGUGGAAGAGGAAGAGGAAGAGGAGGAAGAGUCAGGAAGCUUGGAUGAAGAAGAGAUGAAGAAGAUGCAGUCGGAUGAGGGCACAGCGGGCCUGGAGGUGACGGCUUACAAGGAGAUGUCCAGCCUAGUCAAUUACAUCCAGCCCACCAAGUUCAUAUCCUUUGAGUUAUCUGCCCAGAAGAAUCGAAGUUAUGUCAUCUCCUCCUUCACAGAGCUCAAGGCUUAUGACCUGCUCUCCAAGGCCUCAGUGCAGUUUGUGGACUACAACAAGCGCCAGAUGAGCCGCAUUUACCCCAAGGGCACCCGCAUGGACUCCUCCAACUACAUGCCCCAGAUGUUCUGGAAUGCUGGUUGCCAGAUGGUUGCCCUCAACUUCCAGACGAUGGACCUGCCCAUGCAGCAGAACAUGGCGCUGUUUGAGUUCAACGGCCAGAGUGGCUACCUUCUCAAGCAUGAGUUCAUGCGCCGGCCAGACAAACAGUUCAACCCCUUCUCGGUGGAUCGCAUCGACGUGGUGGUAGCCACCACCCUUUCCAUUACGGUGAUCUCGGGGCAGUUCCUGUCAGAACGCAGCGUGCGCACCUAUGUGGAAGUGGAGCUGUUUGGCCUUCCUGGGGACCCCAAGAGGCGCUAUCGCACCAAGCUGUCACCCAGUACCAACUCCAUCAAUCCUGUCUGGAAGGAGGAGCCCUUUGUCUUUGAGAAGAUCUUGAUGCCUGAGCUGGCCUCUCUCAGGGUGGCUGUGAUGGAGGAAGGCAGCAAGUUUCUUGGACAUCGCAUCAUCCCCAUCAAUGCCCUGAAUUCUGGAUACCACCAUCUGUGCCUGCACAGCGAGAGCAACAUGCCCCUCACCAUGCCUGCGCUCUUCGUCUUCCUGGAGAUGAAGGACUAUGUACCUGACACCUGGGCAGAUCUCACCGUGGCCCUUGCCAAUCCCAUCAAGUUCUUCACUGCCCACGAUAAGAAGUCUAUGAAGCUCAAGGAAGCCAUGGGAGGUCUGCCUGAGAAGCCCUUCCCGCCUCUGAGUCCAGUUCCCAGUCAGGUCAAUGGGGCAUCAGCCCCAACGAGCAACGGGUCAGCAGCAGCUGGGGCCGGGGCCAGGGCCCGGGAGGAGGCCACGAAAGAAGCUGCGGAGCCGCGGACCGCCAGCCUGGACGAGCUGCGGGAGCUGAAGGGCGUCGCGAAGCUGCAGCGGCGGCACGAGAAGGAGCUGCGGGAGCUGGAGCGGCGCGGCGCGCGGCGCUGGGAGGAGCUGCUGCAGAGGGGCGCGGCGCAGCUGGCCGAGCUCGGGCCGCCGGGCGCAGGGGGCGGCUGCGGGGUCCGCAGGCUCGGCCCCAGCAAGGGCUCCCGCAAGAAGAGGAGCCUGCCCGGCGGCGAGGAGGCCACCGGGGCCGCGCCGGGCGAGGACCCCGAGGGCGCGGACGCGCGCGUGCGAGAGCUGAGGGACAGGCUGGAGCUGGAGCUGCUGCAGCAGGGCGAGGAGCAAUACGAGUGCAUCCUGAAGCGCAGGGAGCAGCACGUGGCCGAGCAAAUCGCCAAGAUGAUGGAGCUGGCCAGAGAGAAACAGGCGGCAGAGCUGAAGACUCUCAGGGAGACCUCGGAGAUUGACACCAAAGAGAUGAAGAAAAAGCUGGAGGCCAGGAGGCUGGAACGGAUUCAGGCCAUGAUCAAGGUCACCACGGACAAGAUGGCCCAGGAGAGGUUGAAGAGAGAGAUUAACAAUUCCCACAUCCAGGAGGUGGUGCAGGUCAUCAAGCAGAUGACAGAGAACCUGGAGAGGCACCAGGAGAAGCUGGAGGAGAAGCAGGCAGCCUGCCUGGAACAGAUCCGGGAGAUGGAGAAGCAGUUCCAGCAGGAGGCGCUGGCAGAGUAUGAGACCAGGAUGAAGGGCCUAGAGGCAGAGGUGAAGGAGUCGGUGAAAGGCUGCCUCAGGGCCUGUUUCCCCUCAGAGGCAGAGGACAAGCCUGAGAGGGCCUGUGAAGCCUCCAGGGAACUGUGUGAGCAGGACCCACUCACAGCAAAGGCAGGUGCCAAAGACAGCCAGCUCUAAUGCCCCCAUUCCACUGGGACAUUCUGCAAGGACGUUCACCCAUCUCUGGCACGUGGCUCCAUCCCCCCAGGAGGAAAGACUCUGAGGCUAUGGGAUGCUGGAG